GCGAUGAUGCGGCAAGUUUGUUUGACACUGAAACGAACCGACGUUGACCGACUAAUUACUCUCUUAACUAACUGAUAGUCUUUGAUUCAUCCAACCAUCCAAGAUGGCGUCGCUUAUAAAGCUGCGUGCAUGUUUCUCUGCCCUUAAGGUUUCUUCGCCAUCCUUCCUGCACAGUACCUUCCAACUGUGUGCUGUGCGUCUCAGUCGACGGACAUUUGCUGCAGAGGCGAAAAAAACUUACAGCAGAGACAAGCCUCAUGUGAAUAUUGGAACAAUUGGCCAUGUUGAUCAUGGCAAGACCACUCUGACUGCAGCCAUCACAAAAGUACUCGCUGAUGCUGGUGGUGCUGCCUAUAAAAAGUAUGAGGAAAUUGACAAUGCCCCUGAAGAGAAGGCCAGAGGAAUCACCAUUAAUGCAUCUCACGUAGAAUACGCCACAGCCAACAGGCACUAUGCUCACACAGACUGCCCUGGUCACGCUGACUAUGUCAAGAACAUGAUUACAGGCACUUCACAGAUGGAUGGUUGCAUCCUGGUGGUAGCGGCCACAGACGGCCAGAUGCCUCAAACACGCGAGCAUCUCCUGCUGGCCAGACAGAUUGGUGUUGAGCACAUCGUAAUUUACAUCAACAAGGCUGACGCUGUAGAUGACAAGGAAAUGGUAGAUCUGGUGGAACUUGAGAUCCGCGAGCUGCUGACAGAAUUUGGGUAUGAUGGCGAGAAUGUGCCUGUGGUAGUUGGCUCUGCACUCUGUGCCCUGGAGAACAGAGAUCCUGAACUGGGUGCAAAAUCAGUGUUGAAACUGCUGGAGGUUGUGGAUUCCUAUAUUCCUCUGCCAACAAGAGAUUUGGAUAAACCAUUCCUUCUGCCCAUUGAAUUGGUGUUUUCAAUCCCAGGCAGGGGUACGGUAGUGACGGGCACAUUGGAAAGGGGUGUCAUCAAGAAAGGAGACGAGUGUGAAUUUGUUGGGCACAAUCGGAACAUGAAGUCUGUGGUUACAGGUAUUGAGAUGUUCUACAAGUCUCUGGAUCGAGCGGAGGCAGGUGAUAACAUGGGUGCCCUGGUGCGAGGCCUGAAGAGGGAGGACUUGAGGAGAGGCAUGGUGAUGUGCAAACCAGGAUCCGUCAUGCCUCACCAGAAAGUCCAAGCUCAGGUGUACAUUUUGAGUAAAGAAGAAGGAGGUCGACACAAGCCAUUUGUCAGCAACUAUGGACCUGUCAUGUUCUCUCUGACCUGGGACAUGGCCUGCAGGGUGACUCUGCCCUCAGGAAAGGAAAUGGUUAUGCCUGGCGAGGACACCUCCUUGAUUCUGACACUUCGGCAGCCAAUGGUCCUGGAGAAAGGCCAGAGGUUCACUCUGAGAGAGGGAAACAAAACAGUCGGCACCGGCCUGGUCACAGACCUCCUGACUGUGACUGAGGAAGAUCAACACAACUGGGGAUGAGGAGUUCCUCAGAGGACUGGGCUGAGUGGGUGGGACACGGGAUAUGUCAAGGGUUGGGCUUCUGUAUGUGGUCAUUAAAAUAAAAUAUGCGACCCUGUGAACACACAACAGGAUAGCAAUUAAGGGCAAGGUUGUGAAGUUGGAACCAAAAGAAUUAAUGAGCUGUCAUGUUUGUUUUGGAGGCCAGACUGUCAUAUGUCAUUCAUGUAAUAAAAUGUAUUUAAUAAUAAAAA